AUGGAUGGGGCCAACACGGACGUUAAAAUGGCACAGGUCAGAGACUUGCAAGCGUCGCUAUUCCCGAUUUGUACGAAAGGGUCGUUUUUAAACAAUUUACUGAAUCGUACAUUGAGGAAUAGUCAGGUGGACAUAAACUCAGACGGCGACACAAGGCAGUUAGAUUCUAAAUUACGAGACGUUAAAGAAGUUUUUCCAUUAAUGAAAGAAGUAGAYUGUCCUUACCAAGCUGCAAGAUGGCCAAUGGAGUGUCAAGUUAUAGACGAUCCUGUUAUUCACAUUCACCCGACGUCUGCGUCUUACUCAGAAAAAGAGCCUCUUUACAAGUUUACAGGCAGAGAAAUACAACCGAAACAAGUAGGCGAAGAUUCGGGAGAAGUAAUAUUCAAAUAUUAUCCUAUCAGUAGCGUGAACUAUUUUUGUCGUUCAGCCGUUGGWGGUAGUGCGUGUACUCAAGCACAUAGUAGCCAAGACCCUUCUGAUUUAAUUUUUGAAUCACGUUUUGAAUCCGGUAACCUAGCCAAAGUUGUCAAAAUAACUAGUACGUAUUAUGAAUUAUCGCUAAGAUCGGAUAUGUAUACCAAUCGGCACACCCAAUGGUUUUAUUUUAGAAUAGAAAAUACAAAAAAAAACAUUAAAUAUAGAUUUUCCAUUGUCAAUAUGUAUAAGUCUGAAAGUCUUUUCACUGCUGGUAUGAAACCAUUGUUGUACUCUACAAAGGAUGCAAGUCAAAAAAACGUGGGCUGGAGACGUUGUGGGGAAAACAUUGCUUAUUACAAAAACGAUGCACCAAAUGGUGAUAGCGAGGAUAACCCACGUUACAUCUUUUCAUUUCUCUUAGAGUUCCCACACGAUAUGGACACUGUAUACCUGGCCUAUAACUAUCCAUACACAUAUACGAACUUACAAGACUAUUUAAUAAAACUCAAGGAUGACCCGGUUAAAGCGGUGUUUACAAAGCUUAGAGUUUUGUGCCGAACAUUAGCCGGAAAUAAUGUACAUUAUUUGACUGUAACGGAGCCUUGCCAAGAAGAAGAUCCUAAACAAAAAAAAGUAAUUGUUUUAACAGCACGUGUCCAUCCAUCUGAAACUCCAUCGUCUUGGAUGAUGAAAGGAUUUAUUGAUUUUUUAACCGGAGAUUCAUCACAAGCAAAGGAAUUACGAAAUCGUUUUAUUUUCAAAUUGAUACCAAUGUUGAACCCAGACGGCGUGGUUGUCGGUAAUAGUAGAUGUUCGUUAAAUGGACGGGACCUAAAUCGGCAAUAUCGUAGUGUUAUUCGAGACGCCCAUCCGGUUAUUUGGCAUACAAAACUUAUGCUUCGCAG